AUGGGCGAUCAGAUGGCUCGAGAUACGUGCCAGAGGGAAGAAACGUGCAGCCAGAGGGAGAAUGAUGAGGUGGUCUCGGGGUAUUGCAGCCACCCUACGGCCCUGGGUUACUACGUCCAGGGACAUGGGUUAUUUACCACAAGCGGUAGUGGUUCCCAGUCAAGGGCUCAUAAUGAGGCCUUUGUAAUGAUGCCAAUAGUUGGCAAAAGAAGCCAUGUAUUAGAAAAGACCCACGCGCAUCGACCACUGUACCAGGUGGAAAGAAGUGCAGUAGAAAUAAGGAAACGCGUUGUGUCUGAGAUGAGCUUAUCCUCCUUCCAUUAUUACUUCUACUUUGGAUUUUGA